GCGUGUGUCUAUUAUAUAUAUAAGAUUGAUUUCUUGGCAACAGAAAUCAAUUGAGUUGAGUUAAACGACGAUCAACAAGAUUAAAGACAAGAUUCAAAAUGAAAUUUUGUGCAUUGUUGCUAUAUUUAAUAGUGUUCGUAACGCCAUUUGUAAUAGCACAAACACAAGCAUACGUAUUGGCUUAUCCGGGCGACUGCAGCAAGUAUCAACAAUGCGAUGCAAGUGGUUGCUUUAUCAUGAGCUGCGGCAGAGGAACAGAAUUCAAUCCAGCUAUAGGUACUUGUGAUUAUCCUCUGAGAGACCGAAGUGGAUGUUCUAAUCGUGGGUGAAGACUUUAAUCUACAACUUCACCAGAAUUUAUUGUAAGACGCGGAAUUAUUUUGCAAUAUUUCAGUCCUAUUCAAAUGUAUGAACAUUUGUUACUAUAUUGCAUAAAUAAAGUUAAGAUAUUAGUUUAAA